AUGCAUUUCGUCGCAAAUGCGAUGGUUUGGCGCUUCCCCUUUACCGCAGCAAAAUCCAUCUUUCGCAUUCUGGUUGGCACUGAGGACGUCCUUCGCUGGUCACCUGUCGUUUGGCUUCUUGGCGUUUGUGUAGCGGGCACAUUCAUGAAUCUCGUCUUCUAUUGCCAGAAGAAAUACAGGGAGAGGAAACGGCGACAACGAGAUCAGCAAGAGGAGCUAUUGUUCUCGUUGGCGAUUCCGCGAUCAUAUCCCUGCUUAGCGCCACCACCUCAUCAUAACUGCUGUCGAGCAACGAGACUCUCCAUUUCGGAUCGAGGCUUGCCAUCGUAUGAGGAUGCUAUUACGCACAAGUUAGAGGAUCAUUCAUUACCACCGAACUAUUCGGACGCCAUUUCGAUGAUGAAUGCGUCAACGCCCGUUUCCGGUCAACUCAGAAUCGGUCCAAUCAAGAACAACCUGGUGGCAAUUCUUAACUGCUAUACAUUCACUAUUCUCUACGAAUUCUCAGACCUUACGGAAUGUUGCCUUCUCUUGCAUAAUCGUUUCUUAGUUACGAAACGGAUUCUAGUGAGCGUUGAUCAUCAUAUGUAG